AUAACUGAUAUUGAUUAAAUUUGACCAGUAAAUUACUUGAAAUCAAAAGGUGGGGUAUUCAAGAAAAUUUGAAUAUUCUUAUAAGUUUCAAUUUAGAUAAUGUCAAUUUUUUUCUUUUCUAUAAUAAAUAGAACCCGAUAUUCUAAGGGGGCUUAUAAUAAGGGUUUGUUAUUGGCAAGAAAACCACAACCAAACAAUAUCAUAAAAGCAAAAAGUGGUUUCUGUUAAAAUAUUCUAUUUCUAUUUGUAGUGAAUAUGGAAGCUUACGCAGGUGUAGAAUUUCUCGAAAAUAGUGAAAUAGCUCUGGUCCACUCAAAAUGGCUCACUCCUACAAAAAGGCAUACUUUUUGGCCCCCUUAUAAAACUUCAGGGCCUUUUAAUAAAUCUCUAACUAUUGCCGAAGAACCUGAUGAACCUUGGAAGUUGUAUCCUAUCAAAAGAUUGCUUUUUUACUGUGACAACCUGGAAAAGGCCAGAAAGAAAUUAAAGAAGUGGGAGGAAACUUCAGAUAUACAAUCUUCAGAGUCGGACUUUGAAACAUUACGUGUAAAAAGAAGGUUAAAAGCUAAGAGAUGCUUGUCAGAUUCUACCAGUGAGGAUGAGGAGCCUAGCAAAAAACUAAAAAGACCCCCUUGCUUUCCUAACCUAAGAGCAGACUCCAGUUGUGGUAGCUCAGAUGUUUAUCAGGAGAUGACAAGUACUCCAACUAGACUCUCUAGUAGAAAAAAUUUGAAAUCGGGGGAAAUUUCAACUACUACACUUGAGAAUACACUACUUACCCUGCCAAAUAGGAUUAUUUUACCAAAUUCAGAUAUUUUAAAGUCAUCACCAUCAACAUCAAUAAUUAUAAGGGAAGAUAACACAUCAAAUGCUAACACUGAAAGUUUCUGUGAAAGCAAUACAACCAUUAGUGUAUCUUCAAAUGCUUUAGAGAAAAUUUAUAGGCAAGUUAAAAAGUUGGGAGAAGAACUAAAGGAAGUUAAAGGAUUGCUCAAACAAUCAAGGCAUCCCUCAAGUGUUCCUAGUUUGCCCAAUAAUCUACCAGUUGAACUUCCCUUAAAUUCUCAAGAAAAUUUACAAAUAUUAGAACACUAUCUAGGUGAAGAGGAAGCAUUUAAUAAUUUGGCCUUAUAUCUUUCAACACUUGGAGGUAAUGGCAUGGUAUCCUGUGUAAAUAAAAUUCUAAGACUUCUUCUAUCAGAUAUCUUAGCAACUGCUUAUAACUUUGCUGGGCAACGGAGUAAACAAGCAUUCGGAACAACAAAACUUAAUUCUCUUGUGAUAAGAGCUAUACAAGUUACAUCCCCAUUAACAACUAAAGCAGAAAUUGAAAAUGCAGUCAAAACUUGGCUGAAGCAUGCCAAGCAAAGAAUUGAUAAAAAAAGGAAGUCAUAUUGAUGAUGUUUUUUUAUGUGUCAUAUAGUGCAAUUUAUUUUGUAAGU